CAGCAUUCUAAGGCAAUCGCAAACAUGAGUUCCAAGCACAACGACGAAUACAUUUCGACUCCGGUCUCAACCCCGGUCUCGACUCCGACUCUGACCAGCUCUGGCCUACGCCACCAGAUUGGUAACCCUUCGCCUUUAGCUAUGGGAGGAUUCGCCACUACCCUGCUGACCUUGUCAUUGGCAAUGAUGGGGUUCCGAGGGGUGGAAACACAGACAGUCUUUAUUGCCAACUUAUGUUUCGCCGCCGGCAUUGGCAUGUUGAUCUCUGCUCAAUGGGAGAUGGUCCGGGGUAACACGUUUGGCUAUACAUCCUUGAGCGCCUUUGCGUUGUUUUACGGCGGAUACGGUGUGAUCCUAGCCCCGUCACUAGGUGUCAUGGACUCGUAUGGCGGGGCAACCGCUGAAUAUCACAACGCACUCGGAUUUUUCGUGCUUAUCUGGGCGGUUUUGGACAUUUUCUUCAUGAUUGCAUCGUUGCCAAUCAAUUUGGUCUCCUUCCUCAUCUUCACCACUAUUGAGCUCUGUUUCAGCCUCGAUGCUGCAUCCAACUUUGCCCUUGCAGAUGGAAAGGUGGAGACUGCCAAGGCUUUAAUGAAAGCCGCGGGCGCUUUUGGAUUUAUUUCCGGCUUGUUGGGCUAUUAUAGCUGUGCCGCAUCCAUGUGCCAGGAUGCCCUCCCAUUCUCCCUCCCAGUGGGAGACACGUCCCAUAUUUUCCGCCUGCAUCGAAAGAACUUGUAAGGGAUGUACCCUUUCACUGAUAUUGUAUCAUUCAAUUCUGGGAUAGCAAACGGGAACUGGACUUGAAUCUCUAAGCUCUGGUAUGAAAUAUGCGACGUUAAGAUGGUUAACCACGCACAGAGGUGUUCAAAAUUGUCUAUUCUAUCAAGAACAAAAGUUUAUUGUUGUCUGUCUAUCAGGCUUUCUCCGACUGCCUU